AUGUGCCCUUCUAAUAAUACAUCCAUAGAGGUGGUCUCCAAAGAUGGUCCAGUCGAUUUUAAUGUCAUGAUGCAAGAGGGCGUCAAAGCACUCACCAAGGUUCUGGCUGACCAUCUGCAAGAUCACCCAGACUAUCUCAAACAGCAGUCCAUGAAACUGGUAUUCAACAACGAUAUUGAUAAAUCUGGAGAGAAUGGGGAAGCAGCUGGAACCUCAGAAGAAGAUGCUAAACAGAUAACGGCCACAAAGAGCGCUGGGGACGAAGAGAUAGAGGAAGCGGACCUGAGGAACAAGAGCAACUACCACAUGUGUAAGGAAAUGUCGCCACAAACCCACAAGCUCUCUUCACUGUACAGUCCCUCGAAAAACAAACAAUCCCCAUCCAUAGCUCAGCCAAGUGAAUUUGAUUGCGAGGAAGGCGAGCUGGUUUUUGAUUAUGGUGAACAAGAUCUGAUGUCACUUCCGGGUGAAUUCGGCGACAGUAUCAAGAAGAUGGUCGCUUCAAGCAUGGCCCAGGAUCCGUCGGGGCGUCACUCUAACAUAAACAUCGACCUCGAUGUUGAUGACACGCUUAGCGACAAUAACGAUUCUCCGGAACCGAACUCGUUUUCAGACCAGCCUUCCCAAAAACAGCAUGGUCACCAAAAACAUCGCAGAUGCCGACAUGGAGGCGAUAGCAACCGGGAGCACGAGUUUGAGUACCCACACCAUCCAAAAGUUACACCAGAUUUUGCCAGCUUGAUUACGUACGACCAGCCCUUAUGCAUGUUCUGCGAAUACUACUUCGUUUUCGGAGAACCCCCCAAAAACAUGAUCAAAUGGUUUCAAAGAACGGGUGGCCGGGACACUUCUGCACACUGUCGCUCUUACCAAAGACACAGCAAUUCUACCCAACACUGA